AUGCGAUCUCCUACUCUGAAAGAACAACCUCCAUUGGCUCCACUGAGCUCAUGCUCCUCCUCUGGUUCUGAUUUUCUGACCAGUUCAACGACGAGCGGAACAACAGAAAGUUCUGGAACUUCUGUCAGUUCAAUCAAAUCUUCAGAUACAAAUUAUGGAGUUGCUUCACUUAAAAGUGAUUGUAGUGACGAUGCGAUGGGAACUUAUCUGUCUCCAGAAGAAGCGAAUUGGCUCAAGUUGGCUCACGAGUACACUGCAUCUGAGAAGCCAUUCAAAGAACAAAAGGGAUUUCAUGUUGCUCGGAAAUUGAGAACUUGGCAUCCGAAAAGAAGUGUUUCGUGGAGUUUUCUUCGUAGAUUGUACAACGGUCGCCAGGAUAUGAAAGAAGAACAACUAGCAAAUAUUGCUGACAUGAGUAUUGAAGAGAAGAAAUGA